AUGGACGAAGUAUCGACAGAGAACCUCCUUGCUAUCUCCGUCCGGACUUCGGAUCUAGGGCUCUCGCCACAGAUGCUGCUGGCUUGGGAUCUUGACCCUGACAUGUUCAUUGUGAUGCUCAUCCGGCUCACCUCUCGCUAUAUGGGGUACGAGUCCCUCAUUAAUUCGUCUCAGUCGGACGUCGGUCUGUCUUUUCGCAUUGGAAAGUGUGCGGCCUACAAACCGUUUCUGAGUGAUGCCAAUGAAGCCUUUGGGAUUAGCAACAACCACCAGGAUAAUCUUCUGCCAGACAAGACAGGCGCCACCUUCUCCAAGAUUUUGAUAUCCAAGAGCUUGGCCUCUUUCAUGAAUGGCCACUUUUUAAACCUAGCACGGUACCACGAGGAUAUCGCUUGCUCGUGGGCCGAUGCUGUGGAUGCUGUGGUGAACAGCAGGAGCCCAAAUCGAAAUAAGGGAGACACCUGCUUCCCUGCCUCCGGAAACGACAAUGCCUCGGACAAUCGACAGAAAAGCUUCCCGUUGCUUGCUAUGCAGUUUGCGAUGGACCAACUCACAAAUUGCACAGCAUACUGCCAGGUAUGCCACAACCUCGUUGAAGACAAGCUGCGUUCGCUGAAGCCGACGCGCUACGGUCGUCUCUGA